UUUAUGUUAGCCAGUCAUGUUAACUCCUUACAAUCUCCCUCAAGACAUGUGCAUGAAAAGUCAUUUCAUCUUUUUGACUUUAAUUUGUCCGGGACCCAAGGAUCCAGGGAAAAAGAUAGACAUUUAUCUUCAACCCCUUAUUGAGGAGAUGGAAGAACUAUGGGCCAUUGGGACACCAACUUAUGAUGUUUCAACAGAUCAAAUGUUUGUCAUGAAAGUUGCCAUCAUUUGGACCAUUAGCGACUUCCAUGCCUAUGAUAUGCUUUCGGGAUGGAGCACACACGAUCUUAUGGGAUGUCCGAUAUGCAUGGAGAAAUCAGGUGCCAAUUGGCUCACUUUCAGUGGAAAACUAAGUUACUUUGAUUGUCACCGCAAGUUUCUCCCGCCAAAGCACUGAUAUCGGAAGGACAAAAAGUCUUUCAUUAGAGAUAGAGUGGUACGAGACCCCCCACCCGCGAGAUCGACUGGCAAAGAAAUUUUUAACCGGGUUCGACAUAUUCCUACGGCUAUGCAAGAGCCAAAGAAGGAGCCAUAUGGUUUCCAGAUGGCUACUGCUCCAACUUGUCCAGGUGCGUGGACAUGAACAAACUUACC